AUGGCAAACGGUACAGACGCCAAGGAUACGGCAGUGGCGAAGGUCCGGCCAGGUCACAAACGAGAGUUUGAGUUUGCUUUCAGGGCCCACUCUGAGAUCUGUGGGUCUUUGGGCCGGACACGGUCCUCUCGUGUCUUCUCCUCACCAGGCAACAAUGGAAGUAACAGUAAUAAUAGUAAGAAGUUGAAAGCCUCUGGUAGAAAAAAGGGUGGUCAGUUAGAAAAAGCUGAAAAGGUUGUUAUUGAUUUGGAGGAGGCAAAUAUUGAAUCUGUGGCUCCUUUAUUGAACAACGUUCAUGUGGAGAUUAUGGAAGUGAAGGAAUUUAAAGAAGCAAAGGAAAAGGAGGUUGAAUGUGAAGAAAGGAAUAAUGGGUCGGUACAGAUUUUAGAGAAGGGUUUGAAAGAGGAGGGUGAUUUGUGUGAGGAAAGUCCUAAUGGGUCAGUGGCAGUUGUGAGGGAUGGGGACAUGGCAGAAAAUGGGGUUUUAGAAAGCAAGAGUGACGGUGAAGUAAAGGAUGGCGAUAAGGAUGAUGCAUGUGAGCAAGGGACCAUUGAGUUAGUUUUGAUGGAUGAAGAUUCAAAGGCCACUGUGAAUAGGGUUUCGGAAAGCAAGAGUGGCUGUGAAUUGAAGAAGGAUGAUGCAUGCGAGGAAGGGACUAGUGGGUUAUUCUCGGUUUCGGUGAAAAAUGGCGAGGGAGUAGAUGUUAAUGGAUCAUUGCAGGCAGUUGUAGUUAAUGGUGACAGUAAAUGUAAGGUGGAAGAGGAGAAACCUUUAAGGAGGUUUACUAGGUCAGCAUUGAAGCCGAAGAAAGAGACUGUGGAUAUAUCAUCCUCUGAUGGGGUUAAAGUCGAUGACACAGGCAGUUCAUCUACUGCUGCUGCUACAAAUAUUACCACCACACCUACGAAGAUGUUAACCAUUGAUGGAUCGAAGAAGUUCCCAACAAAGUUGAAGGAUCUUCUUGAUUCAGGCAUACUCGAGGGACGAAAGGUGAAGUAUUUACGGGGUGCUAAGGUAAGGGGACCUGGAGAGAAAGGGUUGGAUGGGCUGGUCAAGGAAUCUGGAAUUUUAUGUUUCUGUGAUGUUUGCAAGGGAAAGGAAGUUGUUACUCCUGGUAUUUUUGAGCUGCAUGCGGGCAGUGCAAAUAAACGUCCACCAGAGUAUAUUAGCCUGGAGAAUGGAAAUACACUUCGUGAUGUAAUGAUUGCAUGCAAGAGUUCUUCGUUGGAUACAUUGGAUGAAGCUAUUCAGCAUUCUAUUGGCUUUGCACCUUUGAAGAAAUCUAAUUUCUGUCUGAACUGCAGAGGGUCGAUUACAGGGGCCGGCACCAGGAAAUCAAAGGUAUUGUGUAGUCAGUGCUUGGAAUUGAAAGAUUUUCAAGCUAGCUUAGCACCAAAAGCAGAAAAAAAUGAAGGAACACUAAAACCAUGUCCAGUUCCGGAGUCAUCUGGCAAUGUGUUGAAGUCUAGCCCAUCAGGAAGCAAUAGUCAAGGGAGACUUACAAAAAAAGAUCUUCGAAUGCAUAAGCUGGUUUUUGAAGAAGAGAUCUUGCCAGAUGGAACCGAAGUUGGAUAUUACUCUCGGGGAAAGGCUACAAGAAGGGAUUUGGCAUUUUCUGUUCAUGCUGCAACUCUGAGUUACCUACACAUUUACACAUCAAACGGCGUGUCUCUUCAUGAAUUAGCAAUAUCUAUAUCAAAAGGCCGGAGGCACUCUACCAAAGAGAAUGAUGACCUAUGCCAGAUCUGUAGAGAUGGUGGGAAACUUUUGUGUUGUGAUGCAUGCCCAAGAGCUUUUCACCAAGAAUGUCUUUCUCUACCUUCAAUUCCCAAGGGUAAAUGGUACUGCAAAUAUUGCCUGAAUACUUUUGAGAAAGAGAAAUUUGUGGAGCGUAAUGCCAAUGCUAUAGCGGCAGGAAGGGUUGCAGGAGUUGAUCCAAUAGAACAGAUAACCAGGAGAUGCAUUCGUAUUGUCAAAACUUUCGAGGCUGAAGUUGGUGGAUGUGUUUUCUGCAGAGGUCAUGAUUUUGAAAGGACGUUUGGUCCUCGCACUGUGAUUAUUUGUGAUCAGUGUGAGAAGGAGUUCCAUGUUGGCUGUUUAAAGGAACAUAACAUGCAAGAUCUGAAGGAGUUGCCAACAGGAAAGUGGUUCUGUUGCCCAGGAUGUGAAACAAUUCAUUCUGCUUUGCAGAAAUUGGUUAUUCGUGGGGAAGAGAAGCUUCCAGAUUCUUCCCUGAAUUUUAUAAAGAAGAAGAAGGAGGAAAGUGCCUCAGAGAGUUGUGGUGGUGAUGAUAUAAGAUGGAGGCUUCUUAGUAAGAAAACAGAAACUUCUGAUGUUACCGAAGCCCUACUGUCUGAGGCUGUUGCCAUUUUCCAUGAGCGCUUUGCUCCAAUAACUGUGGAUAAUUCCAAACGCAAACGUGAUGACCAUGACUUCAUCCCGUCCAUCGUUAGAGGCGGGAACAUGAAAGGGCAGGAUCUCGGUGGAAUGUAUUGUGCUGUAUUGCUGGUUAACCAUGUGGUAGUGUCAGCAGCAGUUGUAAGAAUUUUUGGCCAGGAACUGGCUGAGCUGCCUAUAGUUGCAACUAGUAGCAAAUCGCAAGGACAGGGUUAUUUUCAGACCUUAUUUACUUGUAUUGAAAAGCUACUUGGGUUUCUCAAUGUGAAGAAUCUUGUACUUCCUGCAGCUGAAGAAGUUGAAUCCAUUUGGACAAACAAAUUCGGGUUUAGCACCAUAACUCAAGAUGAGGAAAAGGUACCAGAUAAUGGUGUUUCAAGGGGCAUUAAUGCUGCAAAAGCCGGUUCCCAAGUGCCGAAUUGUCGGUAA